AUGGAGGAAAUCUCUAAAAACACAGAAUUAGAAUCCCUAACGGAUCGUGAUGAAUCAGAAAGUGCACGAAGAAUUCGAGAGCUCGAAGAAAUAGAACAAUUGAUUGUAAAACUGUUAAGCAUCUCAGGCAAAGCAAUAAUGGGUCUAAGUCUCGAUGGUCAUAUUAAACAACAAGAAGAAUCUGAACUCACAACAGUAGCGACAACAACAGAAGCGGCUAAGGAAAUAGGAAUGGGCGCUGGUGGUGAUAAUGUUGAUAUGAAACCCACAAAAAUAGAAGUGAAACAACAAAUUGACACAUUUAACGAAUAUUCCGAGGAAUAUCAACAAUUUCGAGGCAUCAGAUUGAUGGGUAUAACUGCUGGUAAUGUUCCAUUUCGGGUGAUAACCUACGGUGAAGCAAAAGAGUAUGAGAACUGGUUGGGCGCUGUCAAAAUUCUACGCGAAGAAAUUGAAAAAACUGUCGAAUUGUGUACACAAAAAAUGAUAAUAUAG